AUGAUAAAUGUAAUUUGGGUGCGACUGGUGAGCAUUAUUCUCGUCUCAAACGCGACUCCAGAUACGAUUUUGCAGUUCCAUGACCAAUUGCUGAACGAACUUCCUGUUCUAAAAGGUAACUGGAACUUUAGCUUCAAGAUUUUCAGAAACAAUCCCUACUCAAUUCCUCCAGAAAAAGCUUUGGAAUUGCUGCAGUCCGACGAGUCCAAGUACUUACACACCUGGUCACCAUCCUACUUACCUGGAACGGGCGUAGCACUCAUUAACAAGUCUUCGUCAUGUGUCUUUUCUCAAGUAAUUGCUGAAGAAGCGGGUAAUGAAAAUGUUGAAUUUACCAUUCCAGACGCUCACCUUCACCAGGGAGCCACUACUGGGCUCAAUGACCCAUUUGACUACUUUGUUGCUCAAAAACUUCAAAGCAUGUGGACCCAAAGACAAACCGUGAAAGGCGAUGGAGGAGAAAUUUACGAACUCGAAAACGAGCGGGUGAUCAUACGAACCUCUAAUGUGUUUCUACAUGGUGUAUUCAAAGGUUUAUUGAUUCAAAUUGAAAUCCCAUCAAUAACUACCGCUGAUGCUACUGUGUUCGAUCCCGUAAUUCAACGCUACAGAAUUCCCCAAGGAAGGAUAUGCGCUGAAGUUUUGGACCCGAACUUAUUGGACAAGUACGGAGACUUGUGCUUGCAAUUGGCCGAGAUUCUCAACUUUUAG